GGUCUGGAGAAGGAAGAGAAGGGGCAGGGAACCCCACACGUUUUGCUGGUCAUUUCCCACCGUGGUCCUGCCACGGGAACCCCCUUCUUCCACCUCCGUUCCCCACUUUAGGCAGAAACAUCUCUCAUCCUUUCUUCUUUUCUCCAAGAAUCUUCCCCCAAAAUCUUGGCAUCUCCUAUACACAUCUGUACCUUUGCUAUAUCUGUGGGCCUUGUUCUCCCUGUAGGACUCCUCUUGGAAAGCUAACUCCCCCUGACAUUGGAGAAUUUUAUCAAAUUGCUGAGUAUCCUCCCUUCCCUCUCACAGACCCCAUGGCAUGCUCAGAUCACAGUAGAAGACAUUUCCUCUGCUGCCAAACCCAUGGCACUCUGAGGCUGACUGUGUCCACCUCAUUCCCUCAGCUGUCUUCUCUUUGCUGCUAUUACCAUGUUCCAAGCAGACUUUGGAGCAUCUCCCCCACAGCAGCAUGGACUUUGGCACAUUUCUUGGGGACCAGCGAUGUCCUAACCUGUUUGCUUUUCCAGGGCUGAUGUUUGCAGGGUGUUAUUUUUUUUCUUUUGAACCAAAGCAGAAAUCAUCCUGUAUCCUUAUGCAAUUCUUCCGGCAGGCUCCAACAGAUAAAUAAAGCCCACCACCCUCCAUGGGUCUACCUUUCCCAGCAGAGCACCUGGGUUGGUCCCGAAGCCUCCAACCACCUGCACACCUGCCAGGGCCUCUCUGGGGCAGCCAUGAAGUCCCUCGUCCUGCUCCUUUGUCUUGCUCAGCUCUGGGGCUGCCACUCAGCCCCACAUGGCCCAGGGCUGAUUUAUAGACAACCGAACUGCGAUGAUCCAGAAACUGAGGAAGCAGCUCUGGUGGCUAUAGACUACAUCAAUCAAAACCUUCCUUGGGGAUACAAACACACCUUGAACCAGAUUGAUGAAGUAAAGGUGUGGCCUCGGCAGCCCUCCGGAGAGCUGUUUGAGAUUGAAAUAGACACCCUGGAAACCACCUGCCAUGUGCUGGACCCCACCCCUGUGGCAAAAUGCAGCGUGAGGCAGCUGAAGGAGCAUGCUGUCGAAGGAGACUGUGAUUUCCAGCUGUUGAAACUAGAUGGCAAGUUUUCUGUGGUAUACGCAAAAUGUGAUUCCAGUCCAGACUCAGCCGAGGACGUGCGCAAGGUGUGCCAAGACUGCCCCCUGCUGGCCCCGCUGAACGACACCAGGGUGGUGCACGCCGCGAAAGCUGCCCUGGCCGCCUUCAACGCUCAGAACAACGGCUCCAAUUUUCAGCUGGAGGAAAUUUCCCGGGCUCAGCUUGUGCCCCUCCCACCUUCUACCUAUGUGGAGUUUACAGUGUCUGGCACUGACUGUGUUGCUAAAGAGGCCACAGAGGCAGCCAAGUGUAACCUGCUGGCAGAAAAGCAAUAUGGCUUUUGUAAGGCAACACUCAGUGAGAAGCUUGGUGGGGCAGAGGUUGCAGUGACCUGCACGGUGUUCCAAACACAGCCCGUGACCUCACAGCCCCAACCAGAAGGUGCCAAUGAAGCAGUCCCCACCCCCGUGGUGGACCCAGAUGCACCUCCGUCCCCUCCACUUGGCGCACCUGGACUCCCUCCAGCUGGCUUACCCCCAGACUCCCAUGUGUUACUGGCAGCUCCCCCAGGACACCAGUUGCACUGGGCGCACUACGACCUGCGCCACACCUUCAUGGGUGUGGUCUCAUUGGGGUCACCCUCAGGAGAAGCGUCGCACCCCCGGAAAACACGCACAGUGGUGCAGCCUAGUGUUGGUGCUGCUGCUGGGCCAGUGGUUCCUCCAUGUCCGGGGAGGAUCAGACACUUCAAGGUCUAGGCUAGACAUGGCAGAGAUGAGGAGGUUUGGCACAGAAAACAUAGCCACCAUUUUGUCCAAGCCUGGGCAUGGGUGGGGGGCCUUGUCUGCUGGCCACGCAAGUGUCACAUGUGAUCUACAUUAAUAUCAAGUCUUGACUCCCUACUUCCCGUCAUUCCUCACAGGACAGAAGCAGAGUGGGUGGUGGUUAUGUUUGACAGAAGGCAUUAGGUUGACAACUUGUCAUGAUUUUGACAGUAAGCCACCAUGAUUGUGUUCUCUGCCUCUGGCUGACCUUACAAAAACCAUUGGAACUGUGACUUUGAAAGGUGCUCUUGCUAAGCUUAUAUGUGCCUGUUAAUGAACGUGCCUGAAAGACCUUCCUUAAUAAAGAAGGUUCUAAGCUGAA